AUGGAGUCGGUCUAUUUCAAAAAUCCCUUGGAAUGCACGGUGAUUGGUCUUUUAAUGAUUCCAAUUGAACAAGAUCUAAAUUACAAGAACGAGUAUGAUUUAAAUGAGCCUCAUUACAGAGUAAAUUUUUCUUACGCAUAUCCCUCCGAAAUUGAUAUCAAAGAAUCAGACGGAAAUAAGUUAAACGAAGAAUUGCGAGAUAUUGACCCAUCGAACAAUAAUGCAAUUGAAGAUGCUUAUGUUGUUUCUCAGGCGUUACUUAAUAAUUCUUCGGGAAAUAAUAUUUCUUGUAUCUAA